AUGCUGCGUAUUGCCCAGGAUGCUCGAGAGGAAAUCAAGAUCAAUGGCAUGGCAUACAGCAUUAACCUGCGUGCUAACCAGGAACCCACAAACGACGAGCUCUUCUUCAGUCACAGUACCGCAACCUUGCCCACCCGCUCAGCUGUGAGCGUUGCGGCAAGUCAGAUGCGAUAUCUUGACGUGAGCAAUGGCAUGCCCUCUAUCCCAAACAUCCGCUUGAGCAACAUUUCAUUCAUCAACGCCAACAGGACGCCCAUCAAACGCGUCACUAUAAAAAAAGCCCUCCGCCCUGACGCCUUCAGCAACAGAACUAAGAUGAUGACGUCAAUGGAUGUAGAUUACCUGCAGCUGCGUGCUGCAACCGCCGCUGCAGCUAUCAUCAACGAGGCGGACCUAUUGCUGAGCUUCAAUAGCGACAAGAUUGGCAGCCAACAUGAGCUUGAAGCUGCUAUCAACGACUUUGCGAAUAGUAUCCGCCAAAGCAACAACUUUGAAAUUGUUGUGACAUUAGCAAACACUGAACAAGGCUAG